AUGCCUUCUGGAUCCGUUCUCGUCACAGGUGGAACUGGCUACAUUGGCUCUUUCACCACCCUCGCUCUACUCGAGGCUGGUUACAAGGUCGUCGUUGCCGAUAACCUCUACAAUUCCUCACCAGAGGCUCUUGAGCGCGUUGCCCUGAUCUCUGGCAAGAAGGCCGAGUUCGCGCAGGUCGACAUCACCGACGAGUCUGCGUUUGACAAGGUCUUCGAAGCCCACCCCGACAUCGACAGCGUUAUUCACUUUGCUGCUUUGAAGGCUGUCGGGGAGUCCGGCGAAAAGCCUCUGGACUACUACUAUGUCAACGUCUACGGCACCAUCAACCUUCUCCGGUCUAUGGUCCGCCACAACGUCUACAACAUCGUCUUCUCCAGCUCCGCCACCGUCUACGGAGAUGCCACCCGUUUCCCCAACAUGAUCCCCAUCCCCGAGGACUGCCCUCUGGGCCCUACCAACCCCUACGGCAACACCAAGUUCGCCGUCGAGACCGCUAUCACCGACGUCAUCAACGCCCAGCGCAACAACGCUAUCAAGGCCGGAAACGAGGCCGAGGCUAGCAAGUGGAACGCCGCUCUCCUGCGCUACUUCAACCCCGCCGGUGCUCACCCCAGCGGUAUCAUGGGUGAGGACCCUCAGGGCGUGCCCUAUAACCUGCUCCCUCUGCUCGCUCAGGUCGCCACUGGCAAGCGUGAGAAGCUCCUCGUCUUCGGUGACGACUACGCCUCCCACGACGGCACCGCCAUUCGCGACUACAUCCACAUCCUCGAUCUUGCAGACGGCCACCUCAAGGCCCUCAACUACCUCCGCUCCAACAACCCUGGCGUGCGCGCCUGGAACCUCGGCACAGGCCGCGGCAGCACCGUUUACGAAAUGAUCCGCGCCUUCUCCAAGGCCGUCGGCCGCGAUCUUCCUUACGAGGUCGCUCCUCGUCGCGCCGGUGACGUCCUGAACCUGACCUCCAACCCGACCCGCGCCAACGAGGAGCUCGGCUGGAAGGCCCAGCGCACCCUCGAGCAGGCCUGCGAGGAUCUGUGGCUGUGGACCAAGAACAACCCGCAGGGAUACAGGCAACAGCCGCCUGCUGAGCUGCUGGAUCAGCUGAAGAAAUAA